AUGAACAUUCCAGUCAAUGGGGUAGACGGAGGCAGACCCAGCAAUAGAGAGCUGUUGGUAGAAAAGUUGAGAAUCAGGAGGCUGAUGUUGGAUUGUGUUAAGAGGAUCCAGUUGGAGAGGGAAUAUGUUGUAGCCGCAGGAGCAGCGCCUUUGAGUUGGUACUUGAUCGACCAAAGAGAAGCAGAGGGACAGAGGCUUGCGGAGAUGCCUGAUCCAGGGCUGUGGAACAAAGUGAAUAUAUUUGUGUGUCGCACACCGGGACGAACAGUUAACUCAUUCGGUCAAUUCAUUGGAGAUUUUAUUGGAAAGGCAAUCAGUCGUGGCUAUUUUAUCGAAGAGUUGAAGCAUGUGCAUCAGCGAAAACAGUAUCGUAUGGGUAAUGAUGAACAGACAGUGAAGACACAGAUGAAAAUCUAUGGGUUGCACUCACCAUUGGAAUUCAUCCAGUGUCCAGGAGGAAUGUACAUUGAUGAUGUGCUGGCCACCUUUGAGUUGGACGUGAGUAGAGUGAUGUAUGAGUUUUACUCGGACACUUUGUCGACAUUGUACGAUGAUGCCAUAGAAAGCAGCAUUACAACACUUCAUCCGUCAAUCUGGACAACUGCAAGAAAGGAUGUGGUGAGCAAUUCAGAGAAGAGGAAACUUUUGUCGGCUUUGAGGAGGAUGAGCAAAUACGAGUCAUUUGGAUUUUAUGUCCAUAAUGCCGCAAUUGCCCGUGAAGUUAUCCAGCAGUGUUUCGACAGAGCCAACAGGGUGGAGGAAGAGGGAGUUGGAGUUCUUACCAUACCUGAAGUAUCUGAAGAUGAAGACAUGUAA